CUGGCGGUCCAGGCAUCUGUCCACCCACCAUCACCCUCCGGCCACACUCUCUGUCGGAGGCUGACAUUAGGGAGCCAGAGAGAACCACAAAUCCACCAAACCUGACUGACUGCUCUGCCUUUCAGCGAGCAUUCCUGUGGCUUCUGCAUCCUUUUUUAAGGAAAAACCAGGCAGAGGGACGCUCGGUCACAAGGACGCACCAUCAGUGGGAGAGCUGCAUGGACCACAGGCCACACAGCCUCCAAGUUGGUGCCCGAACCAGGUGCCCACAGUCUCCUCUACGUCAGGGGCACGGAAAGCAGCCCGGGGAGGCACAGGAGAAAAUGGUCCCCCCACGGCCGGGGUGGUGGCUCCAACUGCUGUUCCUGGGCAUCCUGGCCCUCGCAGUCACCGUCAUCUCCCUGCUGUUCUACGCUCUGCUCUGGAAGGCCGGCAACCUCAUCGACUUGCCCAACAUGAGAAUCGGCUUCUACAACUUCUGCCUGUGGAACGAGGUCACCGGCUCCCUCCAGUGCUACCAGGACCUGGGGGCGCUGCAGGUGCCGCAAGCCGGCCUGGCCUUGGCCAGGCUCGGCGUGUACGGAGCCCUGGUCCUCGCCCUCUUCGUCCCCCUGCCUCUGCUUCUGGCCUGGUGCAAACGUAACAACGGAGAGUGGCAGCUGGCCGUGGUCUUCCUGGGCGUGUCCUCGGUGCUGCUGGCCAGCGGCCUGGGCCUCUUCUUCACCUGCACGUGGAGGUGGAUCCAGCUCCCCCUCUUGGGUCCUGGCUUUGUGGCGCUAGGCCUGGCCCAAACCUUACUCAUUGUCUUGCUUAUUGCCACAAUGGCCUUCCCUCGGAGGGCAGGAAUGGAGAGCAAGCUGGAGAGCUACUAGUGCUGCCCUCAGGCU